AUGGGUAGAGUAUCUAAUAAAAAUCAGCAUCUUAAAAAAAUAGCACAAUCAUCUAUCAAAUUUAGACAAGAAUCAAUUAAAGAUAAGGAUCAAGAAAUUAAUAAUGCAAAUGAAUUAAAUGAAUUUAUUGAUAAUGAAAUACUUCUUGGUGAUGCAAAUCUCCAUUUUGAGUUGGUGGUAGUGACAGUAGCUGCAUUGGAGAUAACAGUUGUAUUGGCUCUAGUGAUUUCCAUUUGUAAACACUCUGCAAUUGAGUUGACAUCAGAAAGGUCAUCAAAACGAAUCUAUAUUGAUUAUUCUGAACAUCUUGUGAAAGCACUUA